UGGAACUGACACUUAUCAUUAAGACAACAAGAGACAGAUUCGAUUAAAAGAGAAUCUUCAGGCAAAACGGCGUCGUGUCUUGUUUACACAUAAACAGAGGUUAUUAAAAAGUUUGGGAAGAGCAGAUCUGGAAGAAGAAAGAAGAAGAAGAACUCUCUACUGGUUAAUUUUAGCCGGCGGGUAAACGGAUAUUUUUGGAGGAAGAGCAGCUCUUCUCUCAAAACCAUCCCUCUUUCUCUAAAACCCUAAUUCUCGACAUCCUUCAAAACCUAACAAUUUCAAUUUCAAUUAACCCAACAACUUUCUUACUCUCUUCCUUUGAAUGAUUUCAAUGUCGUGUGUCCCAAAAGAAGAAGAAGGAGAAGAUACCCAAAUCAAAACCGAACUCCACGACCACGCUGCUGAUAAUCCUGUUCGUUACGCCUCUCUUGAGAGCGUUUACUCCGUUUCCUCUUCCUCGUCUUCAUUGUGUUGCAAGACCGCCGCUGGUUCCCACAAGAAGGUCAAUGCCCUCAAGCUCCCAAUGAGCGAUAGUUUUGAGUUGCAGCCUCAUCGGCGACCGGAGAUUGUUCACGUCUAUUGUCGCCGUAAGAGGAGGAGGCGGCGGCGGAGGGAGUCUUUCCUUGAGUUAGCAAUACUUCAGAAUGAGGGAGUGGAGAGAGAUGAUCGGAUUGUGAAAAUUGAAAGUGCGGAGCUUGAUGAUGAGAAGGAGGAGGAGAAUAAGAAGAAGAAGCAGAAGAAAAGGAGGAUUGGUAAUGGCGAGCUCAUGAAACUGGGCGUGGAUUCGACUACUUUAAGCGUCUCUGCUACCCCGCCUUUACGGGGAUGUCGAAUUAAAGCUGUGUGUAGCGGAAAUAAACAAGAUGGAUCUUCCCGGAGUAAGAGGAAUACUGUCAAGAAUCAGGAGAAGGUAGUUACAGCUUCUGCUACAGCUAAGAAAUGGGUCAGGUUGAGUUAUGAUGGAGUCGAUCCUAAACAUUUCAUUGGGCUGCAAUGCAAGGUUUUUUGGCCAUUGGAUGCUGUUUGGUAUCCUGGUUCUAUCGUCGGAUAUAAUGUAGAGACAAAGCAUCACAUUGUUAAAUAUGGAGAUGGAGAUGGAGAGGAAUUAGCUCUUCGUCGUGAAAAGAUCAAGUUUUUAAUUUCUCGUGACGACAUGGAGUUGCUAAACAUGAAGUUUGGUACUAAUGAUGUGGUCGUUGAUGGUCAAGAUUAUGAUGAACUGGUUAUAUUGGCUGCUUCUUUUGAGGAGUGCCAAGAUUUUGAGCCUAGAGACAUCAUAUGGGCCAAACUAACUGGUCAUGCUAUGUGGCCAGCAAUUAUCGUGGAUGAGUCUGUUAUUGUAAAGCGGAAAGGUCUAAACAACAAGAUCUCUGGAGGAAGAUCAGUCCUCGUACAGUUUUUUGGCACCCAUGAUUUUGCUAGAAUACAAGUCAAACAAGCGGUCUCAUUUCUAAAAGGGCUUCUCUCACGGUCCCCCCUGAAGUGCAAGCAACCUCGGUUUGAAGAGGCCAUGGAGGAGGCAAAAAUGUACCUAAAAGAAUAUAAGCUUCCAGGAAGGAUGGAUCAACUUCAGAAAGUUGCUGAUACUGAUUGUUCGGAAAGGAUUAAUAGUGGAGAAGAGGACAGCUCAAACUCGGGUGAUGAUUACACAAAAGAUGGAGAAGUCUGGUUGCGGCCAACAGAACUUGGAGAUUGCUUGCAUAGAAUAGGCGAUCUGCAAAUAAUUAAUCUUGGAAGGAUCGUGACAGACUCAGAAUUUUUCAAGGAUAGUAAGCAUACUUGGCCUGAAGGGUAUACAGCUACAAGAAAAUUCAUAUCACUAAAAGAUCCUAAUGCAUCUGCCAUGUACAAGAUGGAAGUGCUUAGAGAUGCCGAGUCAAAGACUCGCCCUGUUUUCAGAGUGACGACCAAUAGCGGUGAGCAGUUCAAAGGGGACACUCCAUCUGCCUGCUGGAAUAAAAUAUAUAAUAGGAUAAAAAAGAUUCAGAUUGCUUCUGAUAAUCCUGAUGUUUUGGGUGAAGGACUUCAUGAAUCUGGUACAGAUAUGUUUGGCUUCUCCAACCCAGAAGUCGAUAAACUUAUUCAGGGGCUAUUACAAUCCAGACCACCUUCCAAGGUUUCUCAGCGCAAAUAUAGUUCGGGAAAGUAUCAAGAUCAUCCUACUGGUUACCGACCUGUACGGGUGGAGUGGAAAGAUCUUGAUAAGUGCAAUGUCUGCCACAUGGAUGAGGAAUAUGAGAACAAUUUGUUCCUGCAAUGUGAUAAAUGUAGAAUGAUGGUCCAUACUAGAUGCUAUGGCCAGCUGGAACCCCAUAAUGGCAUUCUGUGGUUAUGCAACUUAUGUCGUCCUGUCGCUCUUGAUAUUCCUCCUCGAUGUUGUCUUUGUCCUGUAGUAGGGGGCGCUAUGAAGCCGACAACUGAUGGGCGCUGGGCUCAUCUGGCUUGUGCCAUAUGGAUCCCAGAAACAUGCUUAUUGGAUGUCAAGAAGAUGGAACCGAUCGAUGGGGUUAAGAAAGUCAGUAAGGAUCGUUGGAAACUAUUGUGCAGCAUCUGUGGUGUAUCUUAUGGAGCUUGUAUCCAAUGUUCAAAUAAUACUUGUCGAGUGGCAUAUCAUCCGCUAUGUGCACGAGCUGCUGGUCUCUGUGUUGAGCUUGCAGAUGAGGAUAGGCUUUUUCUUCUAUCAAUGGAUGACGAUGAAGCAGAUCAGUGCAUCCGCCUGCUUUCAUUUUGCAAGAGGCAUCGACAAACGUCAAAUUACCACCUAGAAACAGAGUACAUGAUCAAACCUGCUCACAAUAUUGCCGAGUAUCUCCCACCUCCUAAUCCAUCUGGCUGUGCUCGCACUGAGCCAUAUAAUUAUCUUGGAAGAAGAGGACGAAAGGAACCUGAAGCUCUUGCUGGUGCUUCUUCAAAGCGAUUAUUUGUUGAGAAUCAACCGUAUAUUGUUGGCGGAUACUCUCGACAUGAAUUUUCAACCUACGAACGCAUUUAUGGAUCAAAGAUGUCCCAAAUAACUACUCCGAGCAAUAUUCUAUCUAUGGCCGAGAAAUAUACAUUCAUGAAGGAAACCUACAGGAAGAGAUUAGCAUUCGGGAAAUCGGGAAUUCAUGGUUUUGGGAUCUUUGCAAAGCUUCCGCACAGAGCCGGAGAUAUGGUGAUUGAGUACACUGGUGAACUUGUUAGGCCACCAAUAGCUGACAAGAGAGAGCAUCUUAUAUACAACUCAAUGGUGGGUGCCGGGACCUAUAUGUUUAGAAUUGAUAAUGAGCGGGUCAUAGACGCAACAAGGACAGGAAGCAUUGCUCACCUUAUCAAUCAUUCAUGUGAGCCAAAUUGCUAUUCAAGAGUCAUCAGUGUUAAUGGUGAUGAGCAUAUUAUCAUAUUUGCAAAGAGAGAUGUCGCAAAAUGGGAGGAGCUGACCUAUGAUUAUAGGUUCUUUUCAAUUGAUGAGCGCCUUGCAUGUUACUGUGGUUUCCCAAGAUGCCGGGGUGUUGUUAAUGACACAGAAGCCGAAGAACGACAGGCAAAUAUUCAUGCUUCUCGCUGUGAGUUAAAAGAGUGGACAGAGUCCUGAGAGGUAAGCUAUAUUUGUUAAUAUGUUAAUUUGGGAAGAGUUUGUUCUUUGCAGCUACUGAAAGCUAGUUUCCAGGUUAGUAGAUGUCUUAUCUCCAUUGAAGAAGAUGACUUCUUUAACCUGUCUUGAUAUCUUCGCUAACGGCGUUAUUUCAUGGUGAGGAAUGCAUUGCAAAUAGGAUUCAUUAGUCACAAAAUAAAACUUUUAUCUCAAUGCAAGUUGUCUAAUUUACUUGCAAAAUCCUGCUGUUUACCAUUGAAUGGAAGCUCCUAACCAUCUGUUUCGACUUGCAUGUGCUUACUUGAUCUUCACAUCUGCCAUUUCUACAGUCUGCACGAGAUAUUUGUGAGGACAUCACACAUUUGCGAAUUCUCAUGGUUCUGGCUAACUUUCCCCUCUACAGAUGCAGAUUAAUCUCCCUGAACACAUACUGUUACUCUCAAUACCCUGACUUGAGAUCGUUCAUUCUAUUCCAAGGUUUUGUAACAAUCCAUUUCUUGUACAGAUACUAAUUAUUUCUUACUCAGUAAAGCUUUUUGUAACAAGAGGCACAUUACAAUCUUUGGGUAAAUGAAAAAAGCAGAAUUCUCUU